GCUUAACACACAGAUGAUAAAAGGGUGAAUUGAGUACUAAACUUGAUCAGUUUUCAGUGUUGCAAACCUCAGUGCCUGCCAAUGGAGCUGGCACACAGUCUGCUGCUUAAUGAAGAUGCCUUGGCGCAGAUCACAGAAGCCAAGAGACCAGUCUUCAUAUUUGAGUGGCUUCGAUUUCUUAACAAAGUUCUUAUAGCAGCCAACAGGGUUGAUGUAAAGGAGAAGCAGAAGAAGCUGGUGGAGCAGCUCACAGGCUUGAUAAGCAGUAACCCUGGACCCCCAACACGCAAGCUGCUAGCCAAAAAUCUGGCCACGCUAUAUAGCAUUGGUGAUACGUUUACCGUCUUCCAGACACUUGAUAAGUGCAAUGACAUCAUCAAGAACAAGGAUGACACGCCAGCGUAUCUGCCCACCAAACUUGCUGCAGUGGCUUGUGUUGGUGCAUUCUAUGAGAAAAUGGGUCGCAUGCUGGGCAGCUCUUUCCCUGAAACCAUAAACAACCUUCUGAAAGCCCUAAAGAAUGCUGAGUCGCAGGGUCGUGGUGAGAUCCUGCUCAGCUUGCAGAAGGUGCUAAACGGCCUUGGAGCUGCUGCUGCCUCCUGCCACAGAGACAUCUACAAAAAUGCUCGCUCUCUUCUCACGGACAGGUCAAUGGCUGUGCGCUGUGCUGUCGCUAAGUGCUUGCUGGAGCUGCAGAAUGAGGCAGUGUUCAUGUGGACGGCUGAGCUGGAGAACGUAGCCACUCUAUGCUUUAAAGCCCUUGAAGGCUCCACAUAUGGAGUGCGCGUAGCUGUUUCUAAACUGCUUGGAACAGUCAUGGCAACAGCACUCAUGCCCAAACAAGCUGCAGUGAUGCGUCAGAAUGUGAAGCGUGCCACUCUGGAGGAGGUGCUCGAGUUAAUGGCCACAGGCUUCCUACGUGGUGGCUCUGGUUUUUUGAAAAGCGGAGGAGAGAUGCUCAAAGGAGCUUCUGUCAGCAGGGAGGUGCGAGUUGGAGUAACUGAGGCGUAUGUGGUAUUUGUAACAGUGCUGGGUGGCCAGUGGCUGGAACGGAACUUUGCUACCUUCCUGUCCCACCUGUUAGAACUUGUUGCUCACCCACGUGCCACACAGAGUCACGUGGAGGCGGUCUACUCGCGUCGCUGUGUCUCCUUUGCCCUGCGGGCCACGCUUGGUGCACUGCUGGGUGAGAAGGCCCAGAUUGCCGCCGCCAAGGACAUCUGCCAGGCCAUCAGCAAGCAGAUGAGGGCAGUGGAGGCAGUAGUGAGUGACAGCAGUGGGGAAAAUAAGGGCGGUGCUGCUGAUGUUUCUGCCAGUCAACAUGUAAUGGUGUGUGCUCUGAAAGAGCUGGGCAGCCUGGUGCAGAGUCUAAGUGCCACAGCUGCGCCGCUUAUACAAGAGCCUUCCAUUGGCCUUCUGGAGACAGUGAUGUCAGUGCUCCUUCACCCCAGCAUGGCGGCCCGCCUAGCAGCAGCCUGGUGUCUGCGAUGUGUUGCCGUGGCGUUGCCCAAUCAGCUGACGCCAUUGCUGGACCGCUGUGCAGAGCGCAUCAAUGCACUGAAGAGCUCGCCCGAGGCUGUCAGUGGCUACAGCUUUGCCAUGGCUGCCCUGCUGGGCGCAGUGCACCAGUGUCCACUGGGCAUCCCUCACUCCAAGGGCAAAAUGGUGGUGGGCAUUGCAGAAGAUCUGUUGCGUUCUGCAGCUCAGAACAGCCGUCUCUCUCUGCACCGUACACAAGCUGGCUGGCUCCUCCUGGGAGCUCUAAUGACUUUGGGUUCAUCUCUGGUGCGCUAUCAUUUACCCAAGAUGCUGCUGCUGUGGAGGAAUGUAUUCCCCCGUUCACAAAAGGAGCUGGAGGCUGAAAAAGCCAGAGGAGACUCCUUUACCUGGCAGGUCACCCUGGAGGGCCGAGCCGGAGCACUCUGUGCUAUGCGGAGCUUUGUGGCUCACUGUCCCGAGCUGCUCACAGAGGAUGUGAUACGCAGACUCAUGACUCCUAUUGAAUGUGCCAUGACCAUGAUGGCUCAUGUGCCAGCCAUUAUAAAGGUUCAUGGGGCUCAUCUGAAGGCCAGCGCUGCCAUGGUUCGCCUUCGACUCUAUGACAUUCUGGCCCUUCUUCCACCAAAAACAUACGAAGGCAACUUUAGUGCUCUGCUGAGAGAGCUUGUGGCUGAGUUCACUCUGACCGAUAACUCUGCCAACACCACCACAUCACUGCUGCGUUCACUCUGUCACUACGACGACAGCGUUCUCAUGGGCUCCUGGCUGCAGGAGACUGAUCACAAGUCCAUUGAGGACCAGUUGCAACCUAAUAGUGCUUCGGGCAGUGGAGCUCUGGAGCACGACCCCUCGUCCAUAUAUCUACGCGUUCCUGUGGGUGAAGAUGUACCUGGGCCGCUGCCUCUUGGAGUAUCUGUCAUUGAUGCAUCAGUGGCUCUUUUUGGUGUUGUGUUCCCCCAUGUCUCCUUUAAACACAGAUUACAGAUGCUGGACCACUUUGCUGAGUGCAUCAAACAGGCCAAAGGAGUGCGACAGCAGUCUGUGCAGCUCAACAUCUUUACUGCUGUGCUUAGUGCUUUAAAGGGACUGGCUGAGAAUAAGAGCACACUGGGUCCAGAGGAGGUGCGGAAGUCGGCGCUGGCACUGGUGAUGGGAGCUUUGGACAAUCCAAACCCUAUCCUGCGUUGUGCUGCAGGCGAAGCUCUGGGCCGCAUGGCGCAGGUUGUAGGAGAAGCCACCUUCAUUGCCAGUAUGGCCCAGCACAGCUUUGACAAACUGAAGUCAGCCCGGGACGUAGUUUCCAGAACAGGUCACUCUCUGGCUCUGGGCUGCUUGCACCGUUAUGUGGGUGGCAUCGGCUCAGGGCAGCACCUCAAGACCAGCGUCAGCAUCCUUCUCGCCCUGGCCCAGGACGCCACCUCACAUGAGGUCCAGACAUGGGCGCUGCACUCUCUGGCUCUGAUUGUGGACUCGAGUGGGCCGAUGUAUCGUGGAUAUGUGGAGCCCACACUGUCACUGGUGCUCACUCUUCUUCUCACUGUGCCCCCCUCUCACACUGAGGUGCACCAGUGCCUGGGACGCUGCCUUGGAGCCCUCAUCACCACCGUCGGCCCCGAGCUCCAGGGCAACAGCGUGUCGAUCUCAACCAUCCGCUCGUCAUGUCUGGUCGGCUGUGCCAUAAUGCAGGACCACUCGGACUCACUGGUGCAGGCUGCUGCCAUCUCCUGCCUUCAGCAGUUGCACAUGUUUGCCCCUCGCCACGUCAACUUAUCCAGCCUGGUGCCUUGCCUCUGUGUGCACCUCUGCAGUUCUCAUCUGCUGCUGAGACGAGCUGCGGUAGCAUGUUUAAGGCAGCUGGUCCAGAGAGAAGCAGCAGAGGUGUGUGAGUACGCCAUGAGCCUCGCCAAGAAGGCCGGUGAUAGCAAGAAGAAUGGCACCAUCAAUUUGAAUAUCAGUGAUACAGGGCUGGAGGGUGUCUUGUUCGGGAUGCUGGACCGUGAGACAGAUCGGAAGCUGUGCUCGGACAUCCAUGACACGCUGGGCCACAUGCUGUCCUCUCUGGCAGUGGGAAAACUCUCACACUGGCUGAAACUCUGCAAAGACGUUCUUGCGGCCACCACAGAGGUUGGAGGUCCAGUGACAUUUCAAGUGGGAAGAGAGGGCGAUGACUCGGAAAAGAAGGAUGAAAUGGACGACGACAUAAUGUUUACAGGACUGGGUGAUGAUGAUAAGUCAAAGCCCUCUGUCGCCCCCCGCUGGGUGACACGUGUGUUUGCUGCUGACUGUCUCUGCCGCAUCAUUCACUUAUGUGAGAACGCAGAUAAAACCCACUUUGAUUUGGCUGCUGCCCGGACUGCCAGAGCCAAAAACCCUAAAGGUGAUCUGUUAGUCCUGCAUCUGUCAGAUCUGAUCCGAAUGGCCUUUAUGGCUGCCACGGACCACAGCAAUCAGCUGCGCAUGGCCGGACUGCAGGCCCUGGAGGAUAUCAUCAAGAAAUUUGCCUCAGUACCUGAGCCCGAGUUCCCUGGUCAUGUGAUCUUGGAACAGUACCAGGCCAAUGUUGGUGCUGCCCUCCGUCCUGCUUUUUCUCCUGACACUCCCUCUGACAUCACAGCCAAAGCCUGCCAGGUGUGCAGUGCGUGGAUUGGCAGUGGUGUCGUCAGUGAUCUCAAUGAUCUCCGGCGUGUGCACAACCUGUUGGUAUCAUCACUGGACAAAGUGCAGGCCGGCAAGGGCUCAUCCAGCCAGCUGUAUAGUGAAAGUGCCACCACCAUGGAGAAACUGGCUGUGCUCAAAGCCUGGGCAGAGGUCUAUGUGGUGUCUAUGAAACUGAAGAAGGAGGCGGAUACAAAGCCAGCACGCAUCGUACGGAACAGUGAGGAUGAUGAGGAGGAGGACCUGGGUGACGUGCUUCCCGCAGAUAGUCUGAUCACGCUAGUCCAGCCCGAGCUGCCCUGUUUGAGCCGUCUUUGGCUAGCAGCGCUCAGAGACUAUGCUUUGCUCACACUGCCGGCUGAGUUCGCCAGCCAGCUGCCUCCAGAAGGUGGGGCAUUUUACACUCCGGAGACCAUAGACACAGCACGCCUGCACUACCGGAGCUCUUGGGCCCCCAUAUUGCAUGCUGUGGCCCUGUGGCUCAACACCACUGACUUUGGGACUCAUGAAGGUUUGGAAGAACCCCAAAAUACCACAACAGGACCUUCACUGUUUCCACACGGACCUCCUGCUCCCAGCAAAAGCCAUGAUGAGCUGGUCAAAGACAAAAUGCAUCUGCUCUUGGGCAUAAGCAUCGAGUUCCUGUGUUUUCCGCGGCCUGAGGAGCCCAUCGAGCGAGUGAUGUCUUGUCUGCAGGCCUUGGGCACGCUGCUUGAGUGCCCACGCGCUAGAAAACACAUUGCAGAGGACCAGUUGCUCGCUGUGGAGCUGCUAAACGUUCUUCACAGGCUGUUAUUAACACGAGACCCUCCCAGCGUGCAGCUGCAGGUGAUGACUGUGGUCCAGGAGACCAUUCGCUCAGCUCAUGAACAUCUGGAGCAACUCAGGAGCUCUAAAAGUGAUGAAAAGAGUGGUGAGAAGGAAUCAACAGAACCCCUGGGAGAAGGCUCAGACUCCGGGGAGCUUCAACCAGGGAAAUCUUUGGUCUUUGCUGCCAUGGAGCUUCUGGUGUUCCUCUUGGUGCGUCACUUGCCUCAGAUCAACGCCAAAGCAUCUGACUCACCCAGCCAUGUACCUGCCAAACCUCAGCAGCUCUCGGAACACAGCAACCGCCUGCUGGCAGCUGCUGUAGGCAUCCUGGCAGAGCUGCCCACACUCUGCUCUCCAGCGGGGAGCAUGACCAUCCUUCCCACUGUUCUAUUCCUAAUCUGCGGGGUGCUGAAGGAGACAGCAGUAAAGACUCUUGACGGUGCGGUGCCCAUGCCUGUCUCUGCUGCCCUGCAGGCUAUUAGGUCUAUCAUCACAUCCCCGCUGGGUCGCGAAGAGGAGAUCAAGAAGCAGUGGACCAGCGUGGUGAGAAGUAGCCUGGCAUCUGUGCUGGAGUACUCAGAGCCAGAUGAGUCGAGACCCAGCAUGGAUGAGGUGAGCAUGCUGACAGCAAUUACUCUGUUUUUGGUGUCUGCCAGCACUGAGCUGGUCGGGGUCACCAGCUUACAGAAAGGAUGCAUGGAGCGCUUCCGAAACGGCCUUAACUCCAGCAACCCACUGGUGCAAGCACGAUGUUACCAGCUGCUGCUGUCAGUGUUCCAGCACUCUGACCGCACUCUCUCCACUCCCUACAUUCACGCUUUGGCUCCUGCAUUAGUGGAGAAGCUAAAGGCGGCAGAGUGCUCACGGCCCAACACCCCGGCCGAACUUCAAGCCUUGCAGGAGGGAGUCAAAGUGCUCGAGGGUUUGGUGGCUUUGGGGGAGGAACAAAACAGGGUUCAGCUGCUGGCUCUGCUUGUUCCCACACUCAUCUCCUACCUGGUGGAUGAGAAUGCCUUCUUCAGUGCCACGCCCACCUCCAAGGCAUUGCACGAUUUUGCUCUACAGAACUUAAUGCGUAUCGGCCCGUUGUACCCCGUCGCCUUCAAGACAGUCAUGGGGGCAGCACCUGACCUCAAGACCCGCCUCGAGUCGGCCAUCAGGGCCAAUCAGGCAAGCAGCAAAGCCAAGACCAUGGCUCGGCAGACCCAACCUAGCGUCCAGGCCGCGCCCACUAUUAAACUCAAAACCAGCUUUUUCUAGGAAAUUGGAAUUCAAAUGAAAUUAUGGCUAUUUAUUGGCAGAGGAAGUUCUGUGUUUUUGUGAAUUUGGUUUGCUUCUUAAGGACUGAUAUUCAAUACGCAUUUGUAAAUAUGGUACAGUUUUUGUGUUGUAUGGUAGUGAAAUUGUUAUUUUGAAGAAGGUAGAUGGGUAAAGUAGGCGGUCUGCACACAGGCAUGAUAAUUAAUGUAGAUUAGCUGAGACUUCUCUAACAAAUGUUCAAAAAAUUAAUACAAACACAUCAAGAAUUUACAAAUGUUGUUUAUCCAACCUAAUUUACAUAUUUCAUUUUAAAAAGCAGGGGUAAUGCUUUCAUAAUUGGAUUGUAUUUCCAGUCAGAUAUGUAAGAGUUAUUAAAGACAGACACCAUACUAUAACCAUAAAUGAAAUUUGUUUCAUGAUACAAAAAUAUUAUAAUAUCAAUAUCACGUUGUAUUGCCACACCUGGGCUUUUAUCCAUCCUAUUUCCUCGGCUGCUCCCGUUAGGGGUCGCCGGCAGAUCGUGAUCCGCAUUAUUGAUUUGGCACAGUUUUCACGCCGGAUGGCCUUCCUGACACAACCCUCCCUAUUUAUCCGGGCUUGAGAGGUUUAGGAGGUUUGUGCAUCCUAGUGGCUAGGUUAAGGUGUAGCCUAGUGGUUAAGGUACAGGACUAGUAAUCCAAAGGUUGCUGGUUCAAGCCCCACCACUGCCAGGUUUCUGCUGUUGGGCCCUUGAGCAAGGCCCUUAACCCUCAAUUCCUCAGACUGUAUACAGUACUGUACUGUAAUGUAAGUCGCUUUGGAUAAAGGCGUCUGCUAAAUGCUGAAAAUGUAAAUGUAGAUACCUAUAGGACAAUUCAGUGUCUCCAAUUAGCCUGGCUGCAUGUUUUUGGACUGUGGGAGGAAACCGGAGCACCCAGAGGAAACCCACGCAGACACGUGGAGAACACCUGGAGACCGCCCCACCUGGGGAUCGAACCCAGGACCUUCUUGCUGUGAGGCGACAGUGCUACCCACAUAGCCACCGUGCCCCCUGACUGGUAUAUUUUUUACUUUAAAGCUGAUGUAAAGUCUCUUAUAGAAGCACUUCUUGCUUAUUAUAUAAUUCGCUUACAUUCAGUAGCUGCCCCAUCCUGAAUCACUGGGUGCAAGGUGGAAAUGCAUCCUGCGCAGGGCAUCAUAUACUCAUCUACCUAUUUAUUCACUCACAUCCUGGGCAGCCCCGAGCAUCCUAUAUCCACUUGUUCUUUUUGACGUUUUUUGGGAAAUGGGAGGAAACCAGAGUGCAGUAAAGAAAGGUGAAAAUGUCUCCCUUAUAUUUGGCAUUCAGACCAUCCACUGCCAUUCACUUCAACUAUGCUUGUUUGUGUUUUUGUCUCAUUCUCCCCCCCCCCCCCCCCCCCCCCCAGUUUUCUCCCCCCCCAAUCUAGUCCUGUCCAAUUACCCUGAAAGCAUCCUCUAUACUGAUUCGACCCUUCACCGCUGACUGAGGACGCCUCUCAACUGACAUACGCCCCCUCCAAAAAUGCAGUACAGACUGCAUUUUUCACCUGCACGAGUCGAGUUCAUACACCGACGGGCACUGUGUACGGAGGGCCACACCCCCAUCAGCAUUAUUCCUCAGCCCUGUGCAGGCGCCAUCAGUCAGCCAGCAGGGGCCGCAGUUGCACCCAGUUAUGAGGACCUAUGAUCCGACUUUUUACCCCUAACCCUGAACAACAGCCAAUCGUUGUUCAUGCAGCCGCCCAGUCCAGUCGGAAGGCAGAGCUGAGAUUCGAUACGAUGUAUUUGAAACCCCGCCUCUGGUUCGCUAGUGUACUUUUUACCGUCUUAUUCUUUACAUUUGCUCCAUCCUGCAGAGACCAGACCAAUGAGCAGGGAAUAUUGUUACAUUUAUCUGUAUCAUUCCAUCAAUUGUUCUUCGUUUUUUAAACCAUGUCACUCUCUGUCUGAUUUUUAGUUGUACGUAGGCAUAGAUCAGCUGUUAUGUUUGUAACAACCUUAUUUACAUAAUGCAUUAAAAACCAUUUCACUUGAUAGGAAAGCCAUCAUAUACAUUCAGAUUAAUAAGACUGAGUUUACAUGAAUUCAUCUCUCCUUGUCAUGUAAAAACAAUGAUAUCAGUCUGUCUCUUCACUAUUCAUCUGUACUUUCUCUUUGUUCACAUUACCUGUGAGUAACGGUUUAGAUCAUUUGUAAAUAACUGCAGGAUUUCAAUUCCAGAUUAUUAUUUAUUACUUAUGGCCAGAAUGAACUGAAUAAUGCAUUCAUGAGUUACAGUAACAGUACAAAUGUUCUGCAUAUUACAUUAUGUUAUUAAUUUUGUGUUAAUGAGUUGUUUUGAUGAUGAUGUGUAGUUUUAUGUUUUUAUCAUGAAUCAUGCAACCCUGAUCAAACUGGACAGUCAUUUUUCAAUGUAAGUGAACUGUGUGUAAAAUCAUGCUGUUACAUUGAUUGUAAAUGAAACAAUAAAAAACGAAA